AUGAGUAAAUCAACGACUAAUGUUAUUUCAAAAAGUGUUGAAAAGAUUUCUUUAGAUGAUCUAUCAACAAAUGGCGAUGGCAUUAUUGAUAUGUUCAGCAAACUUAAAGAUGAAGAAAUCAUUCGCGGAACCAAACCUGAAGGACUGGAGAAAAAAUGCUUGCAAUUGUGCCAGUCGUUUAUUGGCGGAAGUUGGCUACAAACCACUGAGACAGGCAACAUUAUUGUUACUCGAAUCACAGGUGGUUUGACCAACCAGUUGUACCGUGUUCAACUAAAAGAUACCGUUAACCGUGUACUAAAUUCAAUUUAUCCAAUUGAACCAACCGAAGUUGCAAUUAAAUUUUACAUGCCAAAACACAUGAAGAGCUACAAUGAAGAAGAUGGCGAACGACUGAAUGACAUAAUCAUUCUCACCAUUCUUUCACAGGUCGGCAUUGGUCCCAAGGUAUACGGAAUUUUCAGUGAAGGUGUCAUUCAAGAGUUUGUUGACCAUGAUCAAUUUACUGUCAAGUAUCAGAAAAGACCUGAAAAACUACGCGAAGUGGUAUCUGGCAUUGCCCGUGUUCACCACCUGAACGUGCCCAUUCGCAAGACAAACAACUGGAUGCUUGAUGAAACAAUUGCAGGUCUUAAGGUGGCGUACAGUGAGUGCAACGCUCAGGCGCUAAUUGAUGAAGUUGGUGCGGCAAACAUUCAAAACAAUGACCCUCGAAUUGAGUAUGAAAAAAUGGUAAAAUACGUUGAAAACCUAAAAGCUCCAAUUGUGUUUUGUCAUAACGAUUUUCGCGGUUCAAACAUUCUUGUUCGAAAAUCAGAUGAAAAGGUGCUGUUUGUUGAUUUAGAGUACUCAGCCUUUGGCCCUCGUGGAAGUGAUCUUGCAACCUACAUCAACGAAUGGGGAUUUGAACCGUUUGAGUUUGAAAAACAGGGUUUGCCAGAUGAUGAUGUUCUUGAAAUGUUUGCUCAAAUGUACAUUGAUGAAUGCAACAAAAUUGUGCCUGGUUACGCUGACAGACCAGAGAACACAGUAGUCGCAUUGGUGAAAGAAAUCAAAGUACUGAACAUGCUGCUUUAUCUGUUUUUCUUGUCUUUUAUGAUGAAGUCUAAAGACAACUUAGUAGAUGCCAUACCAUUCGACCCUAAAGCAAACAUGAAAUUUAGCGAUUACAUUUACAAACGAUAUCUGGAUACAAAACAACGUUGCAUUGCGGAUGGCAUUAUAGUAGACUAA